AUGGAGGAUGAAGAGUUGGAUGUAAUGCUCCUUGUAGGGGAGGCUGUUCAGCGACACGAGCAGGAGCUGAAGGAGGCUCGUCGAGAGGUGUUCGCCAUGCUCAUAGAGGAUGCGUGGCGGACCGCUAUGCGUAUCCGUCACUACUUGACGAGCCAGUGCUUGGACACGCCCAGCGAGUCCGCGUGGAUGAUGCUGUUUGAGUAUGGCAGCGACCUGAACUUUCUUAAUGCCACCAGCCUUGCCAGGACUGCAUUUAGUCAGCUCCUACAUCGCUUUGCUGCAUUCUACACGAAACGAGACCCGAACUCUCGCGGUCGUCCGCCCAAGUUGCAGUACCUACACCAGGUCCUUGGGCUCGUGUUGGUGUUCUACACUGGGUCGAUGGAGCCGAGCACGCUGUCCAUGCUCUUUGGAGUUCCUCCAAGUACCUUGAGUCGGACGUUGCAAAGGGCUGAGAGGGCAUUAAACCAAGCUCUUAACAACUACAAGCCCUCGCGGAUUGCGUGGCCAUCCCCUGCGCACCAAGCAAAGCUGGCGAAGCUGGUAGAAGCUCGUGAGCCCAUGCUCAAGCACACAUUUGGCUUUAUCGACGGCAAGAACUUGAGGGUCCAGCAGCCAUCGAAUGCGGACAUGCAAAACACAACGCACAACUGCCCUGGGUCGUGGAGCGACUCGGCCACUUCGAUGGAGUUCCGCAGCAAGAUCCUAGAUCCGGUUAUGUGCCCUGACCCACGUGUGAACGUGGUUUCUGACCUAGCCUUUCCGUGUUCUACGACUAUGGCAGGGCGUAUUCGGACGCCUUUGAAAGAUGGAGAUCUGGAUCGAAUCGAACCAUCCCUUCGAAGCUCAGCCAGAACCCUCCAUAAUGCGAUCACGUCUGUACGUCAAGCUGCUGAGUAG